UACAAAUCAUCGGGUUAAAUCGGUUUUAGGCUGAUUACUAGGUUUAGGCGGCCGAAUAAUUGAUAACCACCGGUUUGGUACAACUCCGGCUGAGCUACUGCCCACCUAGUAAAGCGUUUCAUCGCCUAGGCGCCUGCAUUUUUGAACACAGGUCUUUGUUAGAGGCCUAAUUUCUGCUUUCAUAGAUAUAUAGUAUUAUUUCAGACUUCGACUCCAUUGGAAAGCAUUUUUGAGUUUUGGACUUUCUUCAGAACCAAAAAAGAUAAAGGCUAAAGGCUGUGGAUUUUUUUUUAUGUUGUUGAACGAUAUUUGGUUUUACCCCAUUCUAUUCCCUCUCGUGUCUCGUCUAUUCACCUUGCUCGAUCUAUAAAGGGUAAUGCGUCUCACAAAUUCGAUUAUCAAUGAGCAUCGCCGAUUCUCAUCGUCGUCACGGUCAUGGGUAUCUCCCAUUUGCUUUACAGAGAAAACAAAACCAGAUCCACCACCCGAAUCAUCAAUCUCACAUGUGGAAACAAACCCCAAAACCAAGUUCAUUUCUCACGAAUCUGCCGUUAAUCUGAUCAAAUGCGAGAGAGAUCCUCAGUGUGCGCUCGAUGUAUUCAACAUACUGUCUCGGCAGAAAGGUUUCAACCACAACAGUGCUACAUACUCUGUUCUUUUGGAUAAUCUCGUUAGGCACAAGAAGUUUCAAGCCGUUGACGCGAUUCUUAACCAGAUGAAGUACGAGACUUGCAGGUUCCAGGAAGGUGUGUUCCUCAACCUAAUGAGACAUUACUCCAGGUUCGAUUUGCAUGAAAAAGUCAUGGAGAUGUUUAACUUGAUCCUAAUGAUUGCUCGUGUGAAGCCUUCUCUCAAUGCCAUAAGUACUUGUCUCAACCUCCUUAUCGAUUCAGGGGAGGUCGAUUUGGCGAGGAAACUCCUCUUGUAUGCUAAAAAUCAUCUUGGAUUGCAGCCAAAUACUUGCAUUUUCAACAUUCUAGUGAAGCACCACUGCAAGAACGGUGAUGUCGACUCUGCAUUUCGAGUUGUGGAGGAGAUGAGAAGAUUUGGAAUCUCGUAUCCCAACUUGAUCACUUACUCAACACUAAUAGAAUGUCUGUUUGCACACUCGAGGUCCAAAGAAGCCAUGGAAUUGUUCGAGGAUAUGAUCUCGAAUGAAGGGAUUUCGCCGGAUCCCGUGACUUUCAACGUUAUGAUUAACGGGUUCUGUCGUGCAGGUCAAGUUGAGAGAGCCAAAAUGAUUAUAGAAUUCAUGAAGAAGAAUGGAUGCAACCCUAACGUGUUCAAUUACUCGGCUCUAAUGAAUGGGUUUUGCAAAGAGGGAAAGAUCCAAGAAGCUAAAUUAAUCUUUGACGAGGUGAAGGAAACCGGGUUGAAACUCGACACAGUUGGUUACACCACAUUGAUGAACUGCUUAUGUAAAAAUGGUCAGAUCGAUGAGGCUAUGGAGUUACUUGUAGAGAUGAAAGCAUCAGGGUGCAAAGCUGAUGCUUUAACUUACAAUGUAAUACUCAGGGGCUUGUCCAGCGAAGGAAGAGCAGAGCAAGCUCUUGAGAUGCUGGGUCAAUGGGGAUGCGAAGGAGUUCAUCUGAACAAAGGUAGUUAUAGGAUCAUACUAAAUGCCUUGUGCAAGAAUGGUGAGCUCGAGAAAGCGGUAGAGUUUCUGAGUUUGAUGUCGAAGAAAGGGGUUUGGCCUCACCAUGCGACUUGGAACGAGUUGGUGGUUCAACUUUGCGGAUCCGGAAACGCAGACAUCGGGGUUCGAGUUCUGAAAGGGUUUCUGGGGAUAGGUUUCAAACCAGAGCCUCAGUCUUGGGGAGCCGUCGUUGGAUCAGUUUGUAAAGAGAGGAAGUUGUUGCAUGUCAUUGAACUGGUUGAUUCUUUAGUUUCUUGAUAAAGCCCUUGAUAUUAGUUACAACCACACAUAAUGGCCAUUACAAUCACACAUCACUUUGCAGAAUCAAGAACAUGAGUUAUUUGUGAUCAAAGUUCAAGCUAUCAUAAGGCACAAACU